CCAAGAGAUAAAGGCGAACUUUAAAGCUCCGUUCGGUUGGUUGAAAGUAGCUGAAGGCGCAAACUGCUGUGAGAAAUCCGUCCCUGGCGGCAGGUGAGGAGGAUGCGGGUCACUCCGGAGGCAGAAAUGACUCACGGUACCCUAUAAUGGACAUGCUGUAGCUCCGUAAGCCUACUGGGACCAACUCAAUCCAGUUGUGCUCCCAAGGUUCCCCCUCACCCUUUGGCCUCUGCCAUGGACUUUUUUGACGACUCUAACCUCUUUGAAGGAGGUUUGGAAGGAUUGGGGGAAGAUGGCUUCCCUCCAGGGCCAUCACUUGUGGAUGAGCUCAACCUCAGCGCUGAUUUUGAACCUCUCCAAGUGGAGACACUUGGCCCGGUGAAGCAUCAAGACAUGAUGCCUGGAGUCUCGGCUCAACAGCACUUACCCAAUUACAGUCAGCAAAUGGGUCAUUAUGGUGGAAUCAAGCAGCAGAACCCUAUGGCACAGGCCUUUUCUGGUUCUCAAAGCACAGGAUGUGACAUCAUGGCGGAGCAGCUUGGCCAGUUCCACAACACCGCCAUUGGUCAAGUGCCUCAAUCGAAUGGAUUGUUCUGCAACAGUGGCAGUCCAAUGUGGGGUAAUCAAGACCAGAAUGGCAACAUGUUCCACCCCUUAUCUCAACAGCAACGGCAGCAGCUUUGUCAUCAACAAUUGCACAACCAGCAACUUCAUGUCAGACAGCACCCACAACAGCAAAACCUCUCCUGCCGUCAUCAACAGGAGGAGCAGCAACACCGAAUGCGACAGCAGCAGCUGCAGCAGCAAAGUCAUCAUCAGCAUCUGUUAAACCAGCACCGACAAAUUAACACAUCAGUUGUUUCCCUGCAGCAACAGCAUCACAAUUUCUCUUUCCAUCAGGGAGGCCAGUCCAACAACCAACAGCAAGUACAACAUUCUGAGCAGCCAAUCCAACACCAAAUCCCUCAGAGAGAAGCACAGUUUUAUUCAAGGGUUCAUCCAAACAAGUCUUAUUUGGAAAAUGCUUCUUUGAGUAGGACUUCAUUACCAAUACAGCAGCAGGAUAGCUACCAUGCAUUAAGGAGAGGUCAAGCCUUCCCCGGAUCAGGACUUGAAGACUCCAUCCUAUCACACCCGACACAUUCAUCAUCAAGAGUUCAGUCCCUUUCCACUUGCUCUGUCACUUCUGCUAAUGCUUACCAACCAGCUCCAUACCCUGCUUACCCCGGGGAGUCAGAAAUACCCAAUUUUGGUCAGCUGUCUUCAUCCACAGCCACAGUGUCUGGGCCCACUGCCACCUCAUCUCUCACUUCUACAGUGCCUGGGCUCUCAGGGGCAGCAUGCCAGUUCCAGUCCCCAGCUCUUAUGCGUCAGCUGCACACUAAAACAACCGUCAACCAGGCAGACGAGUGCUCCUUUCAGGUCUUGGGGUGCUCUGUUGAGUCCCAGAAAAACUUCAAGUCAUCUGAGAUGUUUGGUGAAACAAUGAAGUGUUACCCCAACGUUGGCAGGCCCCUGCCCUCUGAGCAGCCUCAGUGCUGCGGGGCUAUCAACACUAAUGGAUACCAAGCCUUGGGAGAUGGGCUUUUGGCAUCAGAAGCCCAGGAUUCAAAGCUGGAGAGCCUGGAAACUACUGACCUGCUACCUGACCUCCUGCCCCAGCUGGAGGACACUUUUAAGGCUGAACCAUGGAUAGAAGCCAGUCAGAAGGGGUGUGAUGACAGCAAUCCAACAUCUAGAGAAUACAAAGCUGAAAAUCCUCGAAAGAACAUCAAUGGUCCGGGAAGCCAGGUGUGCGUCCUCAGUCCUCCAGUGAAGAGCAACUCGUCGUCUUCGUCUUCUUCCUCUUCGUCCUCGUCAUCGUCCUCCUCGUCAUCCAGCUCCUCGUCGGAGAAGAGGGUACCUCGGAGGACGCCUCAACAGAUGGAGUCAACUCUACUGGACAAGCAGGAGAAGGCAAACAGAAUAAUAUCAGAGGCUAUUGCUAAGGCCCGGCAACGAGGGGAGAAGAACAUCCCGCGGGUCAUGAGCCCCGAGAGUUUCCCCAGUUCUUCUGCUCAGUUCAAGACCCACCGUGACCGUGGGCACAAAGGAAACGGCAAGGCCCGAUCCAAAGACAAGUCAUCUAAGAGGGCCUGCAUUAUACAGUCCAAGCCAAAGCAGAAAGCCAAGAUCGGGAAAAUUGUGAUCAAGAUUGGAAAAAAGAAGAAAAGAAAGCAGGAGUCCUCAGAGGAGGAGUCGGAUGAAGACCCUCCCCUUCGACACACUUCUAAAGAUGACGACUCGAAGAGGCGCUCCAACAGACAGGUGAAGCGCAAAAAGUACACUGAAGAGCUGGAGACCAGGCUGUCUGAUGAAGAAGUCAAGGUGAUUGUUAAAGCCAAGAAAAGCAACACAGCAGCAUCCAAGGAACCGUCCGUGCAGCUGUUUGUUGAGAAUCCUUCUGAGGAGGACGCUGCAGUCGUUGAUAAAAUCAUGUCUUCUCGAGUUGUGAAGAAGGAGGUCUCCCCAGGAGUGAUGGUAGAAGUGGAGGAGUUUUUUGUAAAAUACAAAAACUACUCCUACUUGCACUGCGAGUGGGCCACAGAGCAGCAGCUGGAGAAGGACAAGAGGAUUCAGCAGAAGAUCAAACGCUUCAAGAUGAAACAAGCACAGAGGGCCCUCUUCUUUGCAGACAUCGAGGAGGACCCUUUUAAUCCUGAUUAUGUAGAGGUGGACCGGGUACUAGAAGUGUCGUAUUGUGAGGACAAAGACACGGGGCAGGAAGUGGUGUAUUACCUGGUGAAGUGGUGCUCCCUGCCUUAUGAGGACAGCACCUGGGAGCUGAAGGACGAUGUGGAUCAAAGCAAGAUUGAGGAGUUUGAGCAGCUGCAGGCAGUCAAGCCAGACUCUCGGAGGGUGGAGCGGCCCCCAGCCAACCUGUGGAAGAAAAGGGAGCAUUCCAGGGAGUACAGGAACGGAAACAUGCUCAGGGACUACCAGCUGGAGGGGGUCAACUGGCUCCUGUUCAACUGGUACAACAGACGCAACUGCAUCCUGGCAGAUGAGAUGGGCCUGGGAAAAACCAUCCAGUCCAUCACAUUCCUGGAGGAGAUUUAUCGCAUUGGCAUCAAGGGGCCUUUCCUCAUCAUUGCACCCCUCUCCACCAUUGCCAACUGGGAGCGCGAGUUCCAUACUUGGACCCACCUCAAUGUCAUCGUUUAUCACGGGAGCGUAGUCAGUAGGCAGAUGCUCCAGCAGUACGAGAUGUACUUCAGGGAUGCUCAGGGUCGUGCGAUACGAGGCGCCUACAGGUUCCAGGCUGUCAUCACCACGUUUGAGAUGAUCCUGGGCGGCUGCCCUGAGCUCAACGCCAUCGAGUGGCGCUGCGUCAUCAUCGACGAAGCCCACCGCCUCAAGAACAAAAACUGCAAGCUUCUGGAAGGCUUCAAGCUCAUGAAUUUGGAGCACAAGGUCUUGCUGACGGGUACGCCUCUGCAGAACACAGUGGAGGAGCUGUUCAGCCUCCUCCACUUCCUGGAGCCAACGCGCUUCCCCUCAGAAAACACCUUCAUGCAGGAGUUUGGAGACCUCAAGACCGAGGAGCAGGUGCAGAAACUCCAGGGCAUCCUGAAACCCAUGAUGCUGCGUCGUUUGAAAGAGGAUGUGGAGAAGAAACUGGCUCCUAAAGAGGAAACUAUCAUUGAGGUUGAACUGACCAACAUCCAGAAGAAAUACUAUCGUGCCAUCCUGGAGAAGAACUUUUCCUUUCUGGCUAAAGGAGCGGGCCAGGCAAACAUGCCCAAUCUGGUCAACACAAUGAUGGAACUAAGAAAGUGUUGCAACCACCCCUACCUCAUCAAAGGAGCAGAAGAAAAGAUUCUAGAGGACUUCAGGGAAGUUCACAACCCCUCUGCCCCCGACUACCACCUUCAGGCAAUGGUUCAGUCUGCUGGAAAGUUGGUCCUCAUCGAUAAACUGCUGCCUAAGAUGAAGGCUGGGGGCCACAAAGUGCUCAUUUUCUCUCAAAUGGUGCGCUGUCUGGACAUCUUAGAAGACUACCUCAUUCAAAGAAGGUACUUGUAUGAACGGAUUGAUGGUCGUGUUCGUGGAAACCUGCGACAGGCUGCUAUUGACCGCUUCAGUAAGCCCGACUCGGACCGCUUCGUUUUCCUUCUCUGCACAAGAGCGGGAGGCCUGGGAAUCAACCUCACUGCAGCCGACACCUGCAUCAUCUUUGACUCCGACUGGAACCCACAGAACGACCUGCAGGCUCAGGCUCGCUGCCAUCGGAUCGGUCAGAACAAGGCGGUAAAGGUGUACCGACUGGUCACCAGGAAUUCAUACGAACGGGAAAUGUUUGACCGAGCGAGCCUCAAGCUGGGCCUGGACAAAGCUGUCCUGCAGAGCAUGAGCGGCCGGGAUAACAGCCUGGGAGGAGGCUCCGGGGGAGGCGCUGUGCAGCAGCAGCUGUCCAAGAAGGAGAUUGAGGAUCUGUUGCGGCGUGGCGCCUACGGGGCCAUCAUGGAUGAAGAGGAUGAAGGGGCCAAAUUCUGUGAGGAGGACAUUGACCAGAUCCUCCAGCGGCGAACAAAGACCAUCACUAUCGAGUCUGAGGGACGUGGGUCCACUUUUGCCAAGGCCAGUUUCGUGGCAUCUGGAAACCGCACAGACAUCUCUCUGGAUGACCCCAAUUUCUGGGACAAGUGGGCUAAAAAGGCUGACAUUGAUAUGGAAAUGGUCAACGGCAGAAACAGUUUAGUGAUCGACACACCUCGUGUCAGGAAGCAGACCAGGCCAUUCAGUGCCACCAAGGACGAGUUGGCAGAGCUCUCAGAGGGAGAAAGUGACGGCGACGAAACCAAACCUAAACUCAGGCGGAACGAUCGCCUCAACAGCUACGGCCGCACGGAAUGCUUCAGAGUAGAGAAGAACUUGCUUGUGUACGGGUGGGGUCGCUGGAAGGAUAUUCUCAACCACGGUCGUUUUAAAAAACAGCUGACUGAGUGGGACGUAGAGUCCAUCUGCAGGGCCCUGCUGGCUUACUGCCUGGUCCAUUACCGUGGAGACGACAAAAUCAAGAGCUUCAUGUGGGACCUCAUUGCCCCGACCGAGGAUGGACGCACAAAGGAGCUGCAGAAUCACCUGGGCUUGUCAGCUCCAGUCCCACGGGGCAGGAAGGGGAAGAAGAUGAAGACUCAGUCCAGCUCUUUUGACAUCCACAAGGCAGAGUGGUUGAGGAAGCACAACCCAGAGCAUAUUCUUCAGGACGAUGGUUACAAGAAGCACCUGAAACAUCACUGCAACAAGGUGCUGCUCAGGGUCAGAAUGCUCUACUACCUAAAACAGGAGGUGAUAGGGAGCCUGGCCCAAAAGGUGCUGGACGGCGCGGACUCCAGUGAGAUAAAGAUCUGGGUGCCAGAUCCCGACCAUUCAGAGCUGCCGGCUCUGUGGUGGGAUGCAAUCGCUGACAAAUGCCUGCUUCUCGGCAUCUUCAAGCAUGGUUAUGAAAAGUACAACACUAUUCGUGCAGACCCAACUCUCUGCUUCUUAGAGCGCGUGGGACGGCCCGACGAGAAGGCAAUCGCUGCCGAACAGAGAGCCAACGACUUAAUGGAUGGGGAUGUGGAUGAUCCAGAGUACAAGCCUGCUCCGGCUCUGCUAAAGGACGACAUGGAGGAUGACGCCUCCUCUCCUGGAGAUUUAGUCGUCUCUGAUAAUGCUGGAGAUGCCGCCCCUGUGAUGGAAGGCCAGAGUGCCUACUGGCCCUCCCCCUCUGUGCUGACAGCCCGACUUCGGCGGCUGAUCACAGCCUCGCAGCGCUUCACCAAGACCCGGCAAAUCAUGCACAUCCACCAGGCUCAGUCUCAGUUCCAAACUCAGUCCCAGCAGCCAAUGCUUCUGCCCACUGCAUUCUGUCCCCUGCCCCCAAUGCUCAACGACACACUCAACCCCAAGAUGGCUGCGAAAAUUGAGCGUCAGCAAAGGUGGACCAGGCGCGAAGAGGCAGAUUUCUAUCGAGUGGUUUCCACAUUCGGGGUUGUUUUCGACCCAAGCCUCGGGCGCUUCGACUGGACCAAGUUCAGAGCCAUGGCUCGACUGCACAAGAAAACCGACGAGAGCCUUCAGAAGUACCUCUGCGCCUUCACCGCCAUGUGUCGACGGGUGUGUCGCUUGCCGCCAAAAGAGGGAGACUCGGCUGUGGACCCGUCUCUGACCAUCCAGCCCAUCACGGAGGAGCGAGCUUCCCGCACCCUGUACCGAGUCGAGCUGCUUCGUCAAGUCCGGGAACAGGUUCUCAGACAUCCACUGCUCUACGAACGCCUGUCGCUGUGUCAGAUGAGCUCGGAUUUGCCCGUGUGGUGGGAGGCUGGCGCUCACGACCAUGACCUGCUGAUCGGGGCUGCCAAGCACGGCGUGAGCCGCACAGAUUACCACAUCCUGAGAGACCCUGAGCUCAGCUUCAUGGCGGCCCAGCGCAACUACAGCCAAAGUAAAGCUGCCCAGCAGCAGCAGCAGGCACAUUUACCCACCCCCCAUCUGCACCCUCAAUACCAGGCGGCCAGCGCAGUGUUAACAGGCUCUCCGAUGCCCAUGUCCACUCAGAAAGACGCCGAUCCCUGUGGGGUUAUACCCAAAGUGGAGCCAGCCUCAGAGGAGGAGGAGGAGGAGACUAAGGAGAGACGAGGGGAGAGCUGGAGUGCACCGGAAAUGCCAUCAGCUCCCUCAGCUCCCUCGGUUCUGGAAGAAAAGCCUGUUUUACCAGUGAGGGACAUGGAGAAGCAGAUGGUGGCCGCACGAACCAAACCACUCACACCCAACUCGUCUGAGAAGAAACCCAAAAAGGCCAGCAAGAGGGGUCGCAAGGAGGCCCGACGCGGCUCCGGGUCGGACUCCGACGGUUCCUCUUCAAGCUCAUCAUCCCGCUCUUCUUCAUCCUCCUCAUCAUCUUCCUCCUCCUCACGCUCCGGAUCCAGCUCCUCUUCUUCAUCAACCUCUUGCUCUUCCGGCUCCUCGUCGUCCUCCUCUUCCUCCUCAUCCUCUUCUGAUGACAGUGAAAGUGAGGGGGAGGAGGAGAAGAAGAAAGUGCCUGCAGCAGCAAGCGUGAAGGGUUUUGACGAGGACAGCGUGGCGUCUCUGAGCACCGCACGGGAUGAAGCACAAGAUGCCCAUUUGUCGGAGAACGGCAUCUCCAGCAAUUCAUCUCAUCCCUUUCAGGGAGGAGGGUACAUGCUGGCUGCAUCGUACUGGCCAAAGGACCGAGUCAUUAUCAACCGCCUGGACAGCAUCUGCCAGGCAGUGCUCAAAGGCAAGUGGCCAGGCCCACGGCGGGUCUAUGAGCCCGGCAGCGCAGUGGCCUCCUUCUACACCACCAAGCUGCUGGACAAUGCCAACAACAGCGUGAGCGAGGACCCCUCUGCCUCGCCACAGGGGUCAAAGGUGACCAAGCAUGUUGCAGAAAACAAGGAGUUCUCAGUAAAACUCAACGAUCAGGAAGGGGGUCUGAAGCUGACCUUCCAGAAGCAAGGUCUACCUCUGAAGAGGCCUUUGGAGCCCGAAGAAGGCCCCCAGGCCCAGCAGCAGUACCUGGCCCGGCUUCAGGAGCUGCAGAACGCUUCGGACACAGGACUGGCUGACAUUACUAAGCCUCAAAGCAACUUCCAGACGGUUUCUCCAGGUCUUACCAGUCAGAUGAGGCUGAACGGAGCACUCGAUGGUCAGCCGGCGGUGAAGAAGAGGAGGGGCAGGAAGAAGAACGUGGAGGGGAUGGACCUGCUUUUCAUGAACAGGAAUCAAACCCCUGCUGUUUCCCAUCAGAUGCCUCCAGGUUGGGGAGGUAUCGGUCAGGUGGGCAUGCCUGCAGCCGCCAUGCCAAACUACAGCCCGAGCACCAGUCAGGUCCCUGCGGACACGGAGAGCAGAGUUCCUGUCAUUAACCUCAAAGACGGCACCCGGCUCGCUGGAGACGAUGCUCCCAGGAAGAAAGAUCUGGAGCAAUGGCUCAACGAGCAUCCUGGCUUCGUGGCAGACACCGGGGCCUUCAUUCCCGGAGUAAAUAAGAUGCAAAUGCAGUUCCACUUCCAGGACGGUCGGCCAAAACAGAAAAGGCACCGCUGCAGGAACCCCAACAAGAUUGAUGUCAAUAGCCUGACGGGAGAAGAAAGGGUCCAAAUUAUCAACAGGAGAAAUGCACGCAAGAUUGGGGGAGCCUUCGCUCCUCCUCUGAAGGAUUUGUCCCGGUUCCUUCAGGAGAACCCGGAGUAUGGAGUCCCUCCUGAAUGGGCGGAUGUAGUCAAACAGUCGGGUUACCUUCCGGAGAGCAUGUUUGAUCGGAUCCUGACGGGACCCAUCGUUCCCGAGGAGGUCAGCCGACGAGGACGCCGGCCGAAGAAUCCUCUGGCAAAGAUGGCUGCAGCUGCAGCGGCGCCAAAUCCGGCUGCCUCCGCCUUUGGCUUGAACCCGGUCUUGGCUAACGGCCUACUCCCUGGUAUGGACCUCACCAGUUUGCAGGCUUUCCAGCAAAACCUCCAGAGUUUACAGUCCCUGCAGCUCACUGCUGGUCUCCUGGGCCUGCCGUCUGACACCAGCAACCUGGCUGCAAGUAAUUUAGCUGCUAUGUUUCCCAUGAUGCUCUCUGGUAUGGCUGGAAUGCCAAACCUGCUGGGUGUGAGCAACCUGCUUGGGAAACCGGCUCAGGAAGGAGCAGGAGGCUCUGAAGAGAAGACAAAGGGAAUCAGCAGCAGUGCAACAGAUGAGACGUCUGCCUCUGAAACCCCCUCUCACACCUCAGACAACAAAGGAGAAAGGACAGAGGACUCAAACGGGACUCCUUCCUCCACUUCCAGCUCUUCUUCCUCUGCCACCACCACACAAAGUGCUUCAGCUGCAUCUGCAGCCACCAGUCAACCACUUUCUCUUAACCCUUUGUUACUCUCCAGUAUGCUUUACCCAGGGAUGCUUCUCACUCCAGGCCUUAACCUUCCCGUGUCUGCCACACAGCAGCCGAGCUCAAACAAUGACCCUUCCACCCUUCCGUCUGCUGCUGCUGCUCCUCCUCCUGCAACCCCCCAGUCCUCACUGCAAGGGGCAGAGCAGCUUCAAGCGCAGAAGGAUCGAGAGGAGGACGACGAAGAGGAGGACGACGACGAGGUGCCAGAGGAGACUGUAGAUGAGGAGGAAGAUGAGGACGAACCGUCAGAUCCAAAAGAAAACUGUGAUCUCAAAGGUUCGGCCAAAGCGGAUUCGUCUUCGUCAGAGUCUGGGAGCUCCUCCUCAUCUUCUGAUAAUUCAGACUCGAGUGACGAGGACUGAACCUAUAAAUAUAUAACAGAAAUUUUAUUUAUGUAUUGCUUAGAAAUGUAAACAUAUAUUCACAUAUUUGGAUUUUUUCAAGCACUUAUGUUGAAAUUUCUUUACAUGUAAAUAUGAAAACUAACUACAAUGUUGUGUAAGAAAGUCUACAAAAAAAAACAAAAAAAACAAAAAAAAACAGGAAGAACUGACCUAAAGUAUGUGUUUGUUCACGAGGUACAAUCUUGUUUGAGACAUUUUGCAUGUCCGGCUUCAGUGGAACUCUGAACUCUGUGAACAUGUACCACACCAUUGUGUACAACUGCAACAAAAAACGGCAUUAUUGUAAUUAUGUCAGGAUUAAUUUUAUUAAAAAAAAGUGAAACUACAUCAACAUGCUCUUGGAGCUGUACUGUUAAUAUAUUUUGAUUGUCAGGGGCGGGGCUGUGGGGAGAUUGACGCUUGACACUUUGGCUCCUCUUUGUAAAUAGUCUGUACCUUUUUGCUGGUUUGUUGACACCCAUGCUUGGCAGAUUACACAUCGGAUAUGUCAGCAAUAACCUGGGCAGCUAAUGAAUGUCACUGAAGCUGUAGAUUCUCCGUCUGCCAUGUUUUUGACACUCACCACCCCCCCGUGCACAACUUGGCUCCGCCUCACAAACUUCACUUUCUGGAGGUUGUUAUUUUUGGUGACACAAUCACCUGGCAUUCUCUCUUCAAAUAUCAAAUCAGUGGGGAAACUUCUCAAUAACAAUUCACAAUUCUUAAUAAGCUCAAGUCACUUUUUUUUAGUGGAUUGUUAUUUUUUUCUCUCUCUCAAAGAUUCACACAUUUUAUCGUCUUUUUUUUAUUUUUCACCAUCACCUUAUGAUAGUUGUGCUUCUGCGUUGCCCACAGUUUGUUCAUACGCACAUCUAUAUUGAAUAAAAGCUCCUCAAACUGUGGUGAAAAAAUUUGACUGUGUGCCAAAAAACAACAACUGCCCUUUGACCCCCCUCCCUUUGACAGUGUUUCUGGAUAUUACUACAGUCUUUGUGCAUUGAACUGCAUCUUUACCUCAACUCUGCUCAAUGGUUUGGCUUCACUGUGCAAAUGUACAUGUGCAUGAGUGUAUUUUUGCUCUCUGUCCAUGUACACAACUCCCUUGUAUCUGCUAGACUGAGUGUCAGAGGCCUUUUUGUCCAUUUUUCCUCUGAGAGCUUCCACCAUGUUGUUUUUUUUUUUAUCCCCCCCACCCCUCCGUUUCUCUGGGAUGGCAUCUUCCACUGUUAAAACCUUCCUGUGCUGAAGGGACAAACUAGAACUCAGAAGCCACAUCACUAAUGUGUAUCGCUUUCAAAGACGUUCUCUCAGAAGGGUUUGAAUCCAUUUUGAGUAUUAAUAUGAGGAUAUGUUCGGCUUCCGAGACGGUUCUUGUUUUAACUUUUUUUUUCCCUCAUCCACACAAAUAGAUCUCAAGCUUAGGUAGAAGUGCCCUUACCUCGUACUUUGCUCUUGAAUUCCGCGGCUCAGAUCUGUGCCCGCUGUCCAUCCUGUUCAGUAUUCCUGCACGCGUCAGCUUUUUAGCCGUAACCAGGACACAGACACUGGAGUAUGCUCGAGCUGAAAUCCCUUUUUUUUUGUUGUAAUUUUCUUUGGCACAACAGUUUUCACUCUAGGACUGCUGUUACACAGUGGACUGUUAGACUCAUCAUUUCCAGGGAGAAACUUCUGGCUUGGGCCUCUCCAACCUGAUUCUAUACUGUUCAGUUCUUAAGUACAGCUGUAGCAUCCCUCUUUGGUGGGUUCAACCAUGAACACAAAGACUGAAGACAUGUUUGUUUUCUACUGUUGCUUUAAAGUGCUUAUCUUGUAUGCCUGUUCUAUAUAGACCUUGUCAUGGGUUUGCUUGCAAUGCAGUUGAGUUUUCAUUAAUUAUUACUAACAGUAUGGUAUUUUUCUAUGUCGGAGCAAUGAAACAUGCCACUGUCAUUUUGUACAUCUGCACCUCUGCUCUCUUUUAACUCAUAUGUAUGUCUGUAUGCAAACGCAUAGCCUCUGCUGUACCCGACUGAUGUAAGGACUUUCUGACCAUCAGUGGUGGCUCGAUUGGAUGAUGCUCUAAAAGACAGAAGUGGAGAUUUGUUUUUCUUGAUGUUGUAUUGUAGGACUCCUAAAUCACUGCUGUUGGUACAGCAGCAGUGCUGAAUUGUGGUUGACAGGCCAACAGAGACCAAUAUGCAAGAGGAACGACAAAACACACUACUGCUGUACAUGGAAGGUCUCCAAUACAGUUUUCUCAUGCAAUCCCGGAGAGUAUAAACCAGUAUCAAAUGUCACCCUGUUUUUUUUUUCUCUCUCAAACAUUGGCAAGUUGUGGUCCGUGCAGUCAAAAAAAAUUCAUGUAGUGCAGGAAAAUGCGUCUUAAGUCAUUUGUAAUUUAUUGGAUUACUUUCUAUGAAGUUCUAUAGAGGAAAUUGAGGUUUAAUUAUUUUUAUUAAACAUAUUCUUCUGACUAUUAA